AUGGAGGCGCUGGACGCAAUGAGCAAAACGAAUAAAUCCUAUUAUCGUUGGCACGGCUUGGAAGGGCUACCGAAGCUUAUGGCUGAUUUACAGAAAGAAGCUGUAGAGGAGCGUUUGCCCGAACGUGUGCUGCGAGUUGAGCAAGCAAUGUGCUCAUUUACGGAAUUGUCACCAGGAAGUCGCAACUUUGGCAUGAAAGAAGUUGUCGGUCGAUGCCGUAGGCUUUAUGAUAUUGCUAACGUUUUGGUCGCUCUUGGAUUAAUCAAAAAGGUUCACUACCUGUUUGGAACUAAGAAGAUCCCAUUGUUCGUCUACUGUGGUCCUGAGCCAAAUGAGAAUUCUACAUUUGAUGUAAAUGCUUGCAUUGAACGAUUGUCAGCAUCCACCUGUUCUACACCAACCACCCCGCAGAUGAAGGUGCUCAUUGUUCAUUUGAAAUGUCUAUGCAGUGCACGACCACAAUUUUUUCGUUUUACGGUAAAAUCAUCAAAACACAACAUAAGUAUGUCUUCAACGGUUCAUUACACCUUGCAGUGGGCUUCCUUCAAACUAUGCGAAAAAUUUAAAAGAAUUAUAUAUAAGUAUCUAGUCACAGAGGCAAACCCGCUUUUUUUGAAUACAUUUUCUUGCUCUUGCAGUAUCUUAUAUGCGAGUUCAAACCAUGAAACAUGUGCAAUAACCAAUUUUUUUGAGAAAAGAUGCUUCAUAGCUCUCUUGUGAAG